AUGGGCACGAUCGUCAAGAUUCUGCGGCGCGUCAUCCGCAAUGAUGCGAUGAAGGAGGACCCCGAUGAAAUCUACGGAUGGAGGGUCUUCGCGCUCGUAUUUGCCGCUUGCUUCGGAGGAAUGCUCUUUGGUUGGGACACCGGUGCCAUCAGCGGCGUCCUCCAAAUGAAAGCAACCCAGGAGAAGUUUGGCUAUGCGGGCUGGUCCAAGGCUGACCGGUCAUUGAUGGAGCAGAACAUUGUGUCGACUCUUCAGGCUGGGUGCUUCCUCGGCUGCAUCAUUACCGGCUUCCUGGCUGACAGGUUCGGUCGCCGUCUUUGUCUCAUGGCUGCCGGCUGUCUCACGGUCGUUGGUGUCGUUUUCCAGACUGCUUCUGCUGCCAAUGGCACCAUCGGUGUCAUGUACACCGGACGCUUCAUUGCUGGUGUGGGUGUUGGCUCUGCUUCCACUCUCACACCUCUCUAUGUCUCCGAAUGUGCGCCCCGAGCCAUUCGUGGUGCUUUGACUGCUUUCUAUCAGCUAUUCAAUGUUACUGGUAUCAUGAUCUCGUUUUGGAUUAACUACGGCUGUCUUUUGCAUGUAUCUGCACCGGCUGUCUAUAUUAUUCCUUUGAUCCUGCAAGCGACUCCUGCCCUCCUUCUCAUCCUCGGAAUGUUUCUGUCCCCUGAAAGCCCUCGCUGGUGUGCUCGUAAAGACGAUUGGGAGAAAGCAGAGACUAUUCUUGUUAGCCUACGCGGAAUGCCAAGUGAUUCUGAAUACGUUCGAAACGAAAUCAAGGAGAUGUCGGAUCAGCUCGAGACCGAAAGGCGCCUAACAGGAGACGCUGGCGCAAAGGUGCUGUUCAAAGAGAUGACGACCAUCCCUGCCAACCGAAAGCGAACUUUGAUCUCGGUUGCUCUGAUGAUCUGCCAGCAAAUGACUGGAGUUAACUCUAUUAACUACUACGCCCCCCAGAUCUUCACCAACCUUGGAAUGACUGGCACAGACAGUUCCCUCUUUGCUACUGGAGUCUACGGCGUCGUGAAGGUUGCAGGUUGCGCCGUCUUCCUCAUAUUCAUUGCCGACUCUCUCGGUCGCCGCCGAAGUCUCAUUUGGACCAGUGGUGCUCAGGGUCUCGUCAUGUACCUCAUUGGAAUCUACGGCCGAGUUGAGCCUCCUGUGGUAGGCAAGCCCGUCUCCUCCUUCGGUUAUGUGGCCAUCACCUGUAUCUACCUCUGGGCAGCGCUGUUCCAAUUCGGUUGGGGCCCAGUUUGCUGGAUUCUCAUUUCUGAGAUUCCUACCGCUCGACUUCGAGCUCCCAACGUCGCCCUCGGUGCCGCUACUCAGUGGCUGUUCAAUUUCGUCAUUGCCAGAACUGUUCUCACCAUGCAAAAUACCAUGGGCACUGCUGGGUAUGGUAUGUUCUUCAUGUUCGGAAGUUUCGACUUCAUCAUGGGCACAUUCGUCUACUUCUUCGUCCCCGAAACCAAAGGCCUCACCCUCGAGAAGAUGGACGAGCUGUUCGGCGUGCCAGAGCAGGCCAAGAAACUGGACGAGGAGCCCGAGGUGGGACGGAUUGAGGACAACCGCGUCGAGACGAUCGAGGAUGAUGGACCAAAGAAGAAGUAA